UUAGCCUGUGAUAGCCUGUGAUUAGUUGAUUACCUACAAACUUUAAAAUGUUUUUCUAAAUUAAUUUUCUUAACGUAUUGAGUAUGAAAUACAAAAUAAAAUAACAAGUGUAUAAUUAUUAUAAAUUGUGGUUACAUUGUAUCGUUAAAAAUGGGGGACAACUUUCAAAAUAAUAAAACAAUGGCCUCAGUGAUGAUGGAUUAUGAGUUUAAAAUGAAAACGCAAAACGAGCGAUCUAAAGUGGAGGACUUGUUCGAUUAUGAAGGAUGCAAAGUUGGUCGUGGAACUUACGGACAUGUAUACAAAGCCAGGAGAAAAGAUGGAUCUGACACUAAAGACUAUGCUUUGAAACAGAUAGAAGGAACGGGACUGUCUAUGUCGGCUUGUAGGGAAAUUGCGUUACUUCGAGAGCUGAAACAUUCAAAUGUUAUUAACCUUAUAAGAGUGUUCCUGUCUCACACUGAUCGCAAAGUCUGGUUGUUAUUCGACUACGCAGAGCAUGAUUUAUGGCAUAUAAUUAAGUUUCAUAGAGCAGCAAAAGCUAAUAAAAAAUCUGUAAUGGUACCAAAAGGAAUGGUUAAAAGUUUAUUAUAUCAAAUAUUAGAUGGAAUACAUUAUUUACAUUCAAAUUGGGUUCUACAUAGAGAUUUGAAACCAGCUAAUAUUUUAGUGAUGGGUGAAGGUCCAGAAAGAGGCAGAGUAAAGAUAGCAGAUAUGGGUUUUGCUAGGCUAUUUAAUGCUCCACUCAAACCUUUGGCUGAUUUGGAUCCAGUUGUUGUCACAUUUUGGUAUAGAGCACCAGAAUUGCUUUUAGGAGCGAGACAUUACACCAAGGCUAUUGAUAUUUGGGCUAUAGGUUGUAUAUUUGCAGAGUUAUUGACAUCUGAACCAAUAUUCCAUUGUCGUCAAGAAGACAUAAAAACUAGUAAUCCGUAUCAUCACGAUCAACUUGAUAGGAUAUUCAAUGUAAUGGGUUUUCCUCAAGAAAAAGACUGGGAAGACAUUAGGAAAAUGCCAGAACAUGCAACUUUAGUUAAGGACUUCAAAAGAUCAAAUUAUCAAAAUUGUUCAUUAAGUAAAUAUAUGGAUCGACAUAAAAUAAAACCCGACAGCAAAGCAUUUAGUCUUUUACAAAGGUUACUUCUUAUGGAUCCCAACAAAAGAAUAACAUCUGAACAAGCAAUGCAAGAUCCCUACUUUUCGGAAGAUCCGUUACCAACACAGGAUGUUUUUGCUGGUUGCCCCAUACCUUAUCCAAAAAGAGAAUUCUUGACUGAUGAUGACCAAGAAGACAAGAGUGACUCAAAAGCUCGCCAGAAUCAACAACAGCAGCAACCUAAUACUCAACAAAACCAGGUCCAGGCAAAUAGUCAUGAUCAUGCUGCUAAUAAUGCCAAAAGAAUGAGGAUGUCUGGUCCAAACCAAGGAAAUACUGGAGGUGGAGGGGGACAACAAGAAUUCCAUCAACAACAACAAAUGAUGUUCGGGGGACAACAACAAGGUGCUGGCUCACAGCAACAGGGCAAUUUUCAACAACGAUUUUAA